AUUAUGUUCAAGCGCAAUUAACUUGACAUUUAUGACAGCUGAGGGAACCGGAUAGGACCGUCCUCAUGUCUGCUGUCUGUCUGAGCAACCCAGUAUCGACUCCAUCAGACGUUCAGGUUUUUUUUCUUCCGGGGCGCUCUCAUCUCCGUAGCUGUCCUCGAGGAGAGCUCCCCGAAAUUUAAAACCCUGGUUACUUGGAGACGACCAGCAGAUGAACCGCCAGUGUAACUGAAUACUCACCGGACAUUUUAGAACCGAAACACGGUACUUUUACCGAUUGGACUUGAUAUGAAAUUAGGCUAUCAGGGAAAAAGUCAUGAUUUGGACUCGGACCUAUUUGCCGUUACAGAAGUCACAAACGGGGGAGAGCGCUUCCGGGAGAUGAGCAGCCUGGGUUAGACUCCAACAUCGCCUCAUUAUGCCAAAUCGACAAAAGAAGAUCAUAUUUGGCAUCGCCGGGGUGUUCAGUUUUGCCUGCGUUCUCAUUGUUGCUGCAGCCAUGGGCACGCCGUUUUGGGUAAACGGGACCGUUCUGUGUAAAACAGGGGCUCAACUAGUUAAUGCGUCGGGACACGAACUAGACAAAUUUAUCGGAAGGAUAAACUACGGCCUGUUUCAUGGACAGAGAGUAAAACAGUGUGGACUAGGCGGAAGACCCUUCAGGUUUUCGUUUUUCCCAGACAUGCUGGAUUUCAUCCCGGCGAGUCUUCACGUGACGGUGAUCUUCUUCUGCGGUGUGCUAAUCCUCUUCUCCUCCGUGGCAACGGCGUUCUUCAUGUUCAACGCCUUCGGGAGUCCGUUCGAGACGUUGCAUGGGCCGCUGGGCCUCUAUCUCUGGACCUUCGUCUGCUGCUUCUGCAGCUGCCUGGUGAUGACCCUGUUCGCGUCCGAGGUGAAGAUCAAUCACCUGUCCGACAAGAUCGCCAACUUCAACGAAGUCAACUUCGUCUACAAGACGUACACGGAGUGGUACGAUCACUCCUUCUGGAUAAUCUUCCUCACCUUCCUCCUCCACUGCCUCAACAUCCUGUUGAUCCGCGUGGCCGGGAUCCAGUUCCCGUUUCAAGAGGCCAAAGAGUUAGCAGUAAACACGGGCGCUGUGGAUCUCAUGUACUGACUACUGCUACGUUGUUUAGUUUUACCCCCCCCCCCCCCCCCUUAGCGACACCGAGCCUCCCCUAUUAACUAGCCUCUCAAUAGAGAGUCUUGAGGCGUGCGUCCACCUAUUUGAGCGCUGUUGAAAGGACCGAAGCUAAUCGGAGCCUCUUAAGCCUGUUCUUGUCCUCCAGUGACAAGAUAGCCGUCUUUUCCGUGAGAAUAAGAGACUCACUCGGGAACUCCCGGCGAGAAAACCGUCUUGAAUCUCCUUAGAUUGGUGGGGUUGGUUUUUCCAUUGUAUCGUUAAUUGCGGUGUCUUGUUGCCGUAGAUGGUGGUCGAAUUAGAGGCCCGGAUUUCUCUCAGCCAGUGAAAGGUAGAUGCUUAGCCUACUUUCCCUCUUUUAUUGUUAAUGUGUUUUUAUGCUGUAGGUGUCCUUGGGUAGCCUAACAGGCACAGUGAUAGCCUACACUAACAUUUUUCCGGAAAUGUAGGCUAGGAUGUUUGUUGAACAAAGUUGUAUUAGUUCUGUCCGCUGUAAUAGGUUUAAUUAUAAGUUAGGCUAACAGAGUAGGCCUAUUUGAAAAAUGUUUUGGUCAUUAAUUAGCCUGAUGAAUUCGUCACACAAUGUGCCAAUUAUUAUGAUUUUAUAACCGGUCAAAGUUAAACUUAUGUAGCAUUUAUAGGGCUCAUGUUUUGUUUAUAGACCUGUUUCUGGCAGUGACAGAUGUAACGUCAAAACAUUUGUUUAAAGAAUUUCUGCCCGCUGUUCAUGUGGCUCUGUUUAAUAAAAUAUUGAU